AUGGGUGGCUUUCAUGUCUUGGAUUGCUUUAUGAGGGAAAAGGACUUCGAAGGACCCUUUGGAGUCUCAGAUUCCAGGAUUUUUAUUUUGGCAACAGUUGGCUCUGAAUUUGACCUGCGGACCCUGAGGGCAGUCCGUGUCCUUCGGCCCCUAAAGCUGGUGUCUGGAAUCCCAAGUUUACAAGUUGUUCUGAAGUCUAUCAUGAAGGCGAUGAUACCUUUGCUGCAGAUCGGCCUCCUCCUGUUUUUUGCAAUCCUUAUUUUUGCAAUCAUAGGGUUAGAAUUUUAUAUGGGAAAAUUUCAUACCACCUGCUUUGAGGAGGUGACAGACCGAGAGCCUGUCGGCAAAACUCCAUGUGGAACAGAGGAACCUGCCCGUACCUGCCCCAAUGGGACCAAAUGCAAGCCCUACUGGGAAGGACCCAAUAAUGGGAUCACUCAGUUUGAUAACAUCCUGUUUGCAGUGCUGACUGUCUUCCAGUGUAUCACCAUGGAAGGGUGGACUGACCUCCUCUACAAUAGCAAUGAUGCCUCAGGGAACACCUGGAACUGGUUGUACUUCAUCCCCCUCAUCAUCAUCGGCUCCUUUUUUAUGCUGAACCUUGUGCUGGGUGUGCUGUCUGGGGAGUUUGCCAAAGAAAGAGAGAGGGUUGAGAACCGCCGAGCUUUUCUGAAGCUGAGACGGCAACAACAGAUUGAAAGAGAGCUCAAUGGCUACAUGGAAUGGAUCUCCAAAGCAGAAGAAGUGAUACUAGCAGAAGAUGAAACAGACGGCGAGCAGAGACACCCCUUUGAUGCUCUGCGGAGAGCCACAAUAAAGAAAAGUAAGACAGACCUGCUGAACCCUGAAGAAGCUGAGGAUCAGCUGGCUGACAUGGCCUCAGUGGGUUCUCCCUUCGCCCGAGCCAGUAUUAAAAGUGCCAAGCUGGAGAACUCGACUUUUUUUCAUAAAAAGGAGAGGAGAAUGCGCUUCUAUAUCCGCCGCAUGGUCAAAACUCAGGCCUUCUACUGGACAGUUCUCAGUCUGGUAGCCCUCAACACCCUGUGUGUUGCUAUAGUUCACUACGACCAGCCAGAUUGGCUAUCUGACUUCCUCUACUAUGCAGAAUUCAUUUUCUUAGGACUCUUUAUGUCCGAAAUGUUUAUAAAAAUGUAUGGGCUUGGGACGAGGCCUUACUUCCACUCCUCCUUCAACUGCUUUGACUGUGGGGUUAUCAUCGGGAGCAUUUUUGAGGUGAUCUGGGCUGUGGUGAAACCUGGAACAUCUUUUGGGAUCAGUGUGCUACGAGCUCUCAGGUUAUUGCGUAUUUUCAAAGUCACAAAAUACUGGGCUUCUCUCAGGAACCUGGUCGUGUCUCUCCUGAACUCCAUGAAAUCCAUCAUCAGCUUGUUAUUCCUUCUCUUCCUUUUCAUCGUUGUGUUUGCCCUUUUGGGAAUGCAGCUCUUCGGAGGCCAGUUCAAUUUUGAUGAUGGGACGCCUCCUACCAAUUUUGACACUUUUCCAGCAGCAAUAAUGACAGUAUUUCAGAUCUUGACUGGAGAAGACUGGAAUGAGGUGAUGUAUGAUGGGAUCAAAUCUCAAGGGGGCGUCAAACAGGGCAUGGUGUCCUCCAUCUAUUUCAUUGUGCUGACACUCUUUGGGAACUAUACCCUUUUGAAUGUGUUCUUGGCUAUCGCGGUGGAUAACCUGGCCAACGCCCAGGAGCUCACUAAGGAUGAACAAGAGGAGGAAGAAGCGGCCAACCAGAAGCUUGCCUUACAAAAAGCAAAGGAAGUGGCAGAAGUGAGUCCUCUGUCUGCAGCCAACAUGUCCAUAGCCAUGAAAGAACAGCAGAAAAACCAAAAAUCCUCCAAAUCAGUGUGGGAGCAGAGGACGAGCGAGAUGCGGAAACAGAACCUGCUAGCUAGCCGGGAGGCUCUGUACAACGAGUUGGGGCCUGAGGAGAGGUGGAAAGUCUCCUAUGGCCGACACAUGAGACCGGACAUUAAGACUCACCUGGACAGACCCCUAGUCGUGGACCCACAGGAAAACCGCAACAAUAACACCAACAAGAGUAGACCUAGUGACCCCUCCAUGGAUCAGCGGCUCAGCCAGCAGCGUGCCGAAGACUUCCUCAGGAAACAGGCCCGUUACUAUGAUCGGUCACGAGGAGGCUACGAGCGGGCGGACUCGGGGGGUCUGGAACCCCGGAGGCAGAGGAGCAGCAGCAAAGAAGCUGACCUGAACCACGAAGGCUCCUAUGGACGAGAGCCAGAGUAUCAUCCCAAGGACCGUGAUGGGAACCAGGAUCGUGGCUUUAGGGAGGGAGACCCAGACCGUAACAAAAUGGGGGACCCCCAUCGGAGGCAUCAGCACCGGCAGGGGGGCAGCAAAGAGAGCCGGAGCGGCUCUCCUCGGACGGGUGAGGGUGACCGGGAGCCUCGGAGACACCGGGCCCACCGGCGGCCAGGCGAGGAGGGCACCGAAGACAGCAACAAGUCAGAGAGGCGGUAUCGACACCGAGAAGGGAGCCGGCCCAGCCGUGGAGGUGAUGGGGAGAACGAGCCCCCCGACGGGGACCGGCGGCGGCGACACCGGCAUGCUGCUCAGUCUACGUAUGACAAUGACCUCAAGAGGGAUGACAAGGAGAGGAGGCAUCGGCGGAGGAAAGAGAACCAAGGUUCUGGAGUUCCCGUGUCUGGCCCAAACCUGUCUACCACUCGGCCAAUCCAGCAGGAUAUGGGACGUCAGGAACCUCCAUUGGCAGAAGACAUCGAUAAUAUUAAGAACAAUAAGCUGGCCACCACAGAAUCCACCAACCCUCACAACGCCAUCCAUGCUCUCCAACCCCAGAGCCCAGCCCAGAUGGGUAAUCAUACCAACUCCCCACCCAUGCGGCCCCCACCUAAUCAGCCAGCUGGGAACCCAUCCAACCCUGGGCCCCCCAAAAACCCAGAGAACAGCCUUAUAGUCACCAACCCCAGCACCCAGAACAACCCAGCCAAGACUGCCAAGAAGCCUGAGCACACGGCGGUGGACAUCCCCCCCGCCUUUCCCCAACCUGUCAACAACACCGUUGUCCAAGUCAAUAAAAACGCCAACCCAGACCCACUGCCAAAAAAGGAGGAAGAGAAGAAAGAAGAGGAUGACUCUGGAGAAGAUGGCCCCAAGCCGAUGCCCCCCUACAGUUCCAUGUUCAUCCUAUCCACCACUAACCCCUUGCGCAGGCUGUGCCACUACAUCCUGAACCUUCGAUACUUUGAGAUGUGCAUCCUGAUGGUGAUUGCCAUGAGCAGUAUUGCCCUGGCAGCUGAAGACCCCGUGCAGCCCAACGCCCCCAGGAACAAUGUGCUGCGGUAUUUCGACUACGUCUUUACUGGCGUCUUUACCUUUGAGAUGGUGAUCAAGAUGAUCGACUUAGGGUUGGUCCUCCACCAAGGAGCCUACUUUCGGGACCUCUGGAACAUCUUAGAUUUUAUUGUGGUCAGUGGGGCUCUGGUGGCAUUUGCCUUCACUGGCAAUAGUAAAGGAAAAGAUAUCAACACCAUUAAAUCCCUUCGGGUCCUCCGGGUGCUGCGGCCUCUCAAAACCAUCAAACGACUGCCAAAACUCAAGGCCGUGUUUGACUGUGUGGUGAAUUCCCUUAAAAACGUCUUCAACAUACUCAUCGUCUAUAUGCUCUUCAUGUUCAUCUUUGCUGUGGUGGCUGUACAGCUCUUCAAGGGCAAGUUCUUCCACUGUACAGAUGAGUCCAAGGAGUUUGAGAAAGACUGCCGGGGCAAGUAUCUCCUGUAUGAGAAAAAUGAGGUGAAAGCCAGGGAUCGAGAAUGGAAGAAGUAUGAGUUUCAUUACGACAACGUGCUGUGGGCUUUGCUGACCCUUUUCACCGUGUCCACCGGAGAAGGCUGGCCACAGGUUCUCAAACACUCAGUGGAUGCAACUUUUGAGAACCAGGGUCCCAGCCCUGGGUACCGGAUGGAGAUGUCUAUCUUCUAUGUCGUCUACUUUGUGGUGUUUCCAUUCUUCUUUGUGAACAUUUUUGUGGCCUUGAUCAUCAUCACCUUCCAGGAGCAGGGAGACAAGAUGAUGGAAGAGUACAGCCUCGAGAAGAAUGAGAGGGCAUGCAUAGACUUUGCCAUCAGCGCCAAACCCCUGACGAGGCACAUGCCUCAGAACAAGCAGAGUUUCCAGUACCGCAUGUGGCAGUUUGUGGUGUCCCCUCCCUUUGAAUAUACAAUCAUGGCCAUGAUAGCCCUCAACACCAUUGUACUCAUGAUGAAGUUUGAUGGCGCCACAACUGCUUAUGACAAUGCACUGAGGGUGUUCAACAUAGUCUUCACGUCCCUGUUUUCUUUGGAGUGUAUCCUGAAAAUCAUGGCCUUUGGGAUCCUGAAUUAUUUCCGGGAUGCCUGGAAUAUCUUUGAUUUUGUGACAGUUCUGGGCAGUAUCACUGAUAUUUUAGUGACCGAAUUUGGGGAGACGAACAACUUUAUCAACCUCAGCUUCCUCCGCCUCUUCCGGGCCGCCCGCCUCAUCAAGCUACUUCGACAGGGUUAUACCAUUCGCAUCCUCCUCUGGACCUUUGUACAGUCCUUCAAGGCUCUCCCCUAUGUCUGCCUUCUGAUCGCCAUGCUUUUCUUCAUCUAUGCCAUCAUAGGGAUGCAGGUGUUUGGGAACAUUGGCAUCGAUGUGGAAGAAGAAGACAGUGACAACGAUGAUUUCCAAAUCACGGAGCACAACAACUUUCGCACCUUCUUCCAGGCACUGAUGCUCCUCUUCAGGAGUGCCACAGGUGAAGCCUGGCAUAACAUUAUGCUGUCCUGCCUCAGCGGGAAACCCUGCGAUAAGAACUCGGGCAUCAGGGAGCCCGAGUGUGGGAACGAGUUUGCCUAUUUUUAUUUUGUGUCUUUCAUCUUCCUCUGUUCCUUUCUGAUGCUGAACCUAUUUGUGGCUGUCAUCAUGGACAAUUUUGAGUAUCUCACCCGAGACUCUUCCAUCCUGGGCCCCCACCACCUGGAUGAGUAUGUGCGUGUCUGGGCCGAAUAUGAUCCCGCAGCUUGGGGCCGCAUGGCUUACCCGGACAUGUAUGAGAUGCUCAGACACAUGUCUCCACCCCUGGGUUUGGGGAAGAAGUGUCCAGCCCGAGUUGCUUAUAAGAGACUUCUGCGAAUGGAUUUGCCUGUUGCAGAUGACAACACAGUUCAUUUCAACUCUACUCUCAUGGCCCUGAUCCGGACAGCCCUAGACAUUAAAAUUGCCAAAGGGGGAGCAGACAAACAACAGAUGGAUGCUGAGUUACGGAAGGAGAUGAUGGCCAUUUGGCCCAAUCUUUCACAAAAGACACUUGACCUUCUCGUCACCCCCCACAAAUCCACAGACCUGACGGUGGGAAAGAUAUAUGCAGCCAUGAUGAUCAUGGAAUAUUACCGACAGAGCAAGGCAAAGAAGUUACAGGCCCUGAGAGAGGAGCAGAACCGGACACCACUGAUGUUCCAGCGCAUGGAGCCACCAUCUCCAACUCAGGACGGUGUUCCUGGUCAGAAUGCCCUCCCCUCUUCUCAGCUAGACCAAGGAGAACUUCUGGCCCAUGAAGGUGGCAUGAAGGAGAGUCCAUCUUGGGUGACCCAACGUGCCCAAGAGAUGUUCCAGAAGACAGGAACGUGGAGCCCUGAACGAGGGCCUCCUGAUGAUUUGCCCAAUAGCCGACCCAGCUCUCAGUCUGUGGAGAUGAGAGAGAUGGGGAAGGACGGCUACUCAGACAGCGACCACUACCUCCCUAUGGAAGGGCAGGGCAGAGCCACCUCCAUGCCCCGGCUCCCAGCUGAAAACCAGACCAUCUCUGAUGCCAGUCCCAUGAAACGCUCAGCUUCCAUGCUGGGCCACAAGGGCAGGCGCUUGGAUGACUACUCUCUAGAAAGAGUCACCCCUGAGGAGAACCAGCGGCAUCACCAGCGACGUCGUGAACGAGGCCACCGGACAUCAGAACGCUCUCUGAGCCGAUACACAGAUGUGGACACAGGCUUAGGAACAGACCUGAGCAUUACCACCCAGUCUGGGGAUUUGCCUUCAAAAGAUCGAGACCAGGAGCGAGGAAGGCCCAAGGACCGAAAACACCAUCAGCACCAUCACCACCACCACCACCACCACCCAUCCUCUGACAAGGAGCGCUAUUCCCAGGAGCGGUCUGAGUAUGGACGGCCCCGAGCCCGAGACCAACGCUGGUCUCGUUCCCCCAGUGAGGGCCGAGAGCAUAUGGCUCAUAGGCAGGGCAGUAGUUCCGUAAGUGGAAGCCCAGUCCCCUCAACAUCUGGUACCAGCACACCGCGGCGUGGACGCCGCCAGCUCCCCCAGACCCCCUCCACCCCCAGGCCACAUGUGUCCUAUUCCCCAGUGAUCCGUAAGGCUGGCAGCGCAGGUCCCCAGCCGCCGCAGCCGCCACAGUCAGUGCGCCCCUGCAGAUCCUCCACUCCUGGACCACGGAGGUACCAGGCCCCCUCUGCUGAGCACCAGGUGGGGGAACGGCCCUCCGGAGGGGGCCACGGCAGUAGCCGCUCACCAGGAAUGGAGCGGCAUGCCACUGCCCCACCAAGAAAUGAGUCCCCGAGGGCUUACCGCCAUGCCGGGUCCCGGUGGCCAGCACCUAGCCCCCAUACCUCAGAGGGGCACUCGGGACCCAGGCAUCACGGCGGCUACUAUCAGAGCUCAGACUACGACGCCGACGGCCCAGGGAGCGAAGAGGCAGCCUUCACUUACGAUACCCCGCCACAUGCCUCCUCUGGUACCGGGCGGUCGCCCAGGACUUCCCGGGCAGGAGGCCCAGCCUCAGUCUCGCCCUCCAGACACGGACGGCGAUUACCAAAUGGCUACUAUCCUACCCACGGACUGGCCAGGCAUCGAGGGCAAGGCCCCCGGAAAGGACUGCACGAACCCUAUAGUGAGACUGACGAUGAUGACUGGUGCUAAGUCCUGAUGUGUGUGCGCCUCACACACACACUCACACUCACACACAGACACACCCCAAACUCCCCUCAUUCACACAUGACCUACUAUACCUGGAAGACAAAAUUACAAUAACUGUCAUGAAAAAUGAGGAAAAAAAUUUUUUUAAUUUCAAACCCUUAUGAAAUUUGCCUAGCAGGGAUAGGCAAGGGGAGGGGCAAGUUGGGAAGGGAAGCUGGAAAAUAACCAGAUGGUGAAAGAAAACUAAGGACUACCGAUUUUCAUAAAAGAGAAGAAAGAAAAAAAACUUUCUUGAGGAGAGCAGUAACAAGGGGUAGAACAAGGAUCUGGAACAUGUCUGUCCUUUCCAGACAGAGUUAGGGUAAACCCUGAGAAAAAGGGCAAAAACUUUGAAGUCUGGGGACCUGCUGAAUCAUGCCACAGCAGGCACUUUUCCUUAGAGCCCUUCAAGAAGACAAACCACAUAGCUAAAGGGGUUUGAAUUUGUUCAGCAACUUUGGAGAACUUUGGGGAAAAGGAAAAAGAGGGAAAAAACAUUUUUAAAAAGCAAAAUGGGAAGAAAAAAGAAAACCUCUAUUGAUGAGUUUUAUCAUCUCAACUAAACUUUUCCUUUCCCUAAUGAAUGAGAAGAAGAGCUAGUGCCCAUUCUCCUGGCAGAAGAGGGACCUGAUGCAAUAUAAAUGCACACAGCACACCCCCCAACCCCGAUGCAGACCUUCCUCUACAUUGAGACAGACCUGCACUCUGACACACACACACACACACACAC